AUGUUUGCCCUUACACUGAAGGACCUAGCACGUGUUUGGUUGGAUGCGCAACCAGAAGGAAGCAUAGUCAGUUUUGAAGACCUAAAAGCAAAAUUCCGCUCACACUUUAGCCAGCAAAGAAAAUUCAAGAAGAUGCACUUAGAAGCUCAUAACAUCAAAAGAAGGGAGAACGAAAGCAUCCGCCAGUUUAUCACUCGUUACAUGGAUGAAACAGCAUUAAUGAAAGGCCUUAGUGAGAAUCAAAAAAUUUUAGGAUUUGUCCACGGAUUACGAUUCCAGCCACUUGUGGAAUUUCUCUCUACGGACCUUCCGCAGGAAUACACAGUGCUGAUGGACAAAACUUACACUUUUCUGGUGGGCAAGGAGACAGCAGGCGGAGUUACCAAUCCAAACUAUGGCAAAGAUACAGAUCGAUACAGAAGAAAUAGGAAUUCCCGUCAUGAGAGAUUCCGAACAGCCCCAUUCAAUAGGCAGCAGGGAGGACCCUCCGGAAGUAAUCACACUUUCCAGCAUCCUCAAAAGAAUGCCCGUGAUAUUCUAGCAGCAGAAAAGGCUCCGAUAAAGGGCAAUCUACGCAAUAAUGAUAUGUCCAAAUAUUGUGAAUUUCACAAUUGUUACGGCCACGAAACAAACGAAUGCAAAGUUUUUAAAAGCAAAGUAGAAGAAGCAAUGAAAUCCGGAAAGUACUCGAUGUUAUUGAAAGGUAUUAAAGAGCCAGGGCCAAGAAACAAUCAUGGAAGAAAUCCCGUAAUUGAAGCUCCGGAGCCAAAGGCGGAGCCAUUGGAAGAAAUAAUAGCCACAGUAUUUCCAGAAUGUCCGACACCAGAAAGACAACCUUCAAGAACGGAAGCAUGGAAGAAAGUAGCAAUAAGUUUCCCUCCAGUCGAAGACGAAAAAGCAUCAGAUGCACCAAUUAUAAUCGGAGCUAUCGUUGGAAAUCAUCCAGUAAAAAGAAUUCAUUUGGAUACGGGGAGCGGAUGCGAGAUCAUGUACGAACACUGUUUCCUGAAGCUGAAAGCCACCUUAAGGAAAAAGCGAAAAGACAAUAUAAGUCCCUUGGUGGGUUUUUCAAAUGAAAGAGCAUGGUCGUUAGGAAAAAUCACUUUAAAUGUCACCGUCGGAGAGGCUCCGCGGAUAAGGUCCGAGGUACUAACUUUCGUCAUAGUACGAGCAGAGUCACCAUACAACAUGCCAUUGUGA